AGCGGGGUCACGGCCCGGCGGCGCGAACCGGGACUCGCAGCGUGCGGGCCUCUCAGCGGGUCAGGGCAGCCCCGUGCCCGGCGCCAUGUCCCGGAACCUGCGCACCGUGCUCAUCUUCGGCGGCUUCAUCUCCUUGAUCGGCGCCGCCUUCUACCCUAUCUACUUCCGGCCCCUAAUGCGGCUGGACGAAUACCAGAAGGAGCAAGCCGUAAAUAGAGCUGGUAUUAUUCAAGAAGAUGUGCAGCCACCAGGGUUAAAAGUGUGGUCUGAUCCAUUUGGCAGGAAAUGAGAAGGCUAUCACCACCUCGAUUAUGAAAGACAUCUUCGUGCAAGUACAAUAAAUUGCCUCACUACAGAAGGAUGGCUGGAGAAGAAAACUCUAUAAAGCUGAAAAUAAGAGUACUGUGCACAAGGAUUAAUAUUUCCCUUCUUAAGUAUCAAAAGAACCCUGGAGCAAAUCACACCAUUAGGGAGGUUUUCAUGAUUCGCUUUACUUUCUAAAAAUGAAGCUCUCUCACCCAGCUGUGUUUGGAGGAGAUCUACUUAUUAUUCAGUCCCUACUGCUUUCCUAACCAAGCUGUGAUGUGAAUGCAUGCAGCCAGGAGACUUGGGAAGAUCCUAGUCUGUCUUGCCAUCCUCCAAAUAGGAAAUUCCAGUGAAAAGCCAGCGUGCUGAGCAGCCUCAUCAGGCUCUUUGGAAACAUUAAAGUUGAUAAAACCCUGAGGACAGGGUACAUUGUACUCUUUAAGAAUAACCAGUUCAGCUUAGCCAUCUUGUCAAAGGUUGCUGCAUGUUGGAAAAUAAGUAAAUAGGAAGCAAGUUCAACCAAGUGGCUAUGCAUGCAUAAUAGAAAUCAGCGUUGAAUUAACAGAAGUGAAAAUAUGUAUAUUAAAAUGAUCUAUUUUUAAUUCA